CUGUGCUGUAAUAUAGUGCUUUGUUAAACGUAUUGCUUUUACUACAGUUAAGCCUUGACGCGUUCGGCUUCGCGAUUAGUUAAAACUGACUUUUCUGAGCCGCCGUAGCACCAAUAAGCACUGACAAGCAGCUGUUCCAUCAGUGUUAUGUUACCGAGCUCACGUGUAAGACUUUGCUCCGUGUAGUGUAACUGAGUGUCGUAGCAGAGACUAAGUUGUAUCACCAAAACCCACAAUGGCGCCUGUUAUAGAAAUAAAUCCGGAAGCGACGAAAUGGGACAUUCGUGAGAAAGUUUGGGACUACAUCGAAGAAAAUAAUCUGGCCAAUUUCCCCAGGCCUGUUCACAACAGAAUCCCAAAUUUCAAGGGUGCUUUCACAGCCUGUGCCAAGGUGUCUGAACUGCAGGUGUUCACCCAGGCCACAGAGGUGAAGGUGGAUCCUGAUAAACCUCUGGAAGGUGCCCGGCUGGCAGUGCUAGAGGCGCAGAAAAAAUUAUUGGUCCCAACUCCUCGUCUUCGUACCGGCCUUUUCAAUAAUAUCACUCCUCCCCAGGGGGCCAGCAAAGAGCAGCUACGCAUAUGCUCUUCCUCUCAGGGUGUGAAAGACUUCAGUGUGCCCGUUGACCUGGAUACGAAGGUGAAGGUAGACCUGGUGGUGGUUGGCUCUGUGGCGGUGUCAGAGAAAGGCUUGCGAAUUGGAAAAGGAGAGGGCUUUGCUGACUUGGAGUAUGGCAUGAUGGCCUUAAUGGGAGCUGUCGAUGAGUCUACUGUGGUGGUUACUGUUGUCCAUGACUGUCAGGUGAUGGACAUUCCAGAGGAGUUAAAAGAAAGUCAUGACCUGACUGUGGACUACAUCCUCACACCCACCAGAGUCAUUAAAACAGAUUGCCAGAUCCCCAAACCACAGGGAAUCAUCUGGACUAAGCUGGACACAGAAAAGCUGGAGAAGAUCCCCAUCCUGAAGAAGCUGCGUGCUCUGGAGGAAGAGGCUGGAAAGGAUGUAACACUGGGGGCGGAGCCCGUUGCACCAGAGCCUGGUCUGCAGACCGGUCAACCCAAAAGGCAAACCAGACGGAGGCCAAGGCAGAAGAUACAGCAGGAUGGUGAGGGAGAAUCCAAACCGGAGAAAAUAGAGUCAGAACAGAAAGCUAGACAGUGGCGCCCAACUAGAGUGAGGAAAGAAAGCCGAGGAGAUGGUGAGGGAGGUAAUGACAGAGGAAAGGGGAAAAGAGGAGAGAACAUAAAGGAGAAGGGCCCAGAGGAGGGUGGAGGUGAAGUCAUGUCUCAACGUAAGCUCCCUCUGAGUGUGACCACAGUUUACCUUGGGGGAAUCCCUGCUGGGCUGCGUGUUAGUGAGCUGAAAACUGCCCUCAGAGAGAGGGAGGCCACCCCACUGAGGCUCACCUGGCAGGGAGCUCAACACAGGGCCUUCCUGGACUACAGCGACCCCCAGGCUGCAGAGCGGGCCCUGGAGGCUCUGCAGGAUCUCAGUCUGAAUGGUCAGAGUCUGCAGGCUGAGAUGGCCAAGAGCCAGCGCGGAGGCAAGAGGUCCGGACAGUCCAAUCGGAGACCGAGACCACCAACGGCUCCGAUAUCUAAAACUGCACCACCAGAUACUGAGAGUGACACCAAUGAAAAGACUGAGCAGUAAUAGCAAUAAGCAAUACUCAGCCAAGUCAAGUAUUCAGUGUGGAGCAACCUUAAAUGCCUUAAGAAGAAUUUAGUUUUUUUUUUUUUUAGUUUUUUUUUUUUAUGUUUUGGAUUUAUUACAAGAGGACACAAGUUAUUUGAACCGUAGACAUCUAACUUGACUGCUAAAGCUAAUGAGUUUAAGAAAACAGAACAGAAUAUGCAAUUCUUGAAUCAAAAAGCAUUUCACUAUAAACGUAUUUUGUACAUAACCAUUUCACAAUACUUAACCAUACACCUAUGUGCCUUGUUUUUCACACGCACCUCCUGGUCUGUGUGUCCCUUCAGUCCUUGAAGGUGCUUUUUUGAGUAGUUCUAGAGAUGAACUACGGUUAUUUUAUUUUCCUUUUUUUUUAAACUAUAGACUCUAUCCACAUUCUUAUUUGUUAAAAUGCAAAUGUAGGAUAAAUUGUUGUGAAGUAUUCAGUACAUUGUAUUUCCACAACCAGUCAUCAGUACUACCUUCUCCAAGAGGGUCAUGUUUUCAGACCAGUUUUGUCUGCCUCUUCUCAAAAACAUUUAACUAAGGCCGUAGGCCAAAGAUGGCGCCUCAGUGUGGUAAUUUAUACAAUCCUGAUUAUUCCUGAGCCCGUAAGCCAACUAGUAAAAUUAAAAAUUCCUUGGUCUACCAUUUAUAUAUUCAUAUAGACCACAUCAGUGUUUGACUACACAGAUUUUCACAUUUUUUACCACCUCUCCAAAUGUCAUUCAAUAUUCACAAAAUAUGUAAUAUUUGAAUGACAUAAUGGCAUUAUUCUUUUCCUAUUCAAUUGCCAAAUUGCAUAGUGUGCAAUUGCAACCAAAUUUAGAAGACGUUAACAUAUUAGUAUAUUGUUAUGCCAUUUUGAUUACAUAUUACAGCAACAAUAUGCAUUUAAUAUAGCCAUAAUUUAGUCUUGGUGAUUCAAACUUCGUUGAAAAUGUACAUAGUUCAUUCUUGCACAUAAUCCAGGAUUUAGGUAUUCU